GUCUAGGAGUAAUUGAUUUUGAUUUUGAUUUAUUUUUUUGGUCUAUCAUUUGGAUAAUUAUUUGGCCCAAUUCCAUUACCAUCAAGUGUAACAAUGGCCCCAAAAGCUCUUGGAACAGCGGUUGUUAGCAAAGUCAAGAAUGCGCUAGAUUAUGAUUCUCAUACAUAUUCUGUAACUCCUAAUGGAGAGGACGAAAGCUUUCUUUCUUUGGGGGGAAUGGGUCUAUCCGGCGACGAAAGUUACGACACAGAAAAACUUUCUAAACAGGAAGAGUACCUAGGGAGUCCAUCACGACGCUGGUGGAAUUGCUCUACCAUCAUUGCCAUAGUGUCGAGUAUCCUAGCAGCCACUCUCCUCUUUGCUCUUGCUGCCCUUCUUGACCGCAAACCUACCAUCAACUAUAUCCCAGCAAUCACGCCUGAUCUGAAACCAGGAGGAUGGCCCUUGGUAGAAGCAGGCGACACCAUCAUUGUAGACUGUGGAAACAGUCCAGCGGAAGCUCUAGAAAAAGGAUGCGUAUGGGAUCUCAUGUCUUUUUCAUGGACACAUCCGGCAUGCUAUAACAAGAACAUCUCGGAUGAAUUCCUAGAAUUAUAUGGGCCUUGGAAAUGGUAUUCAAAUACCAACAAAAAGCCAGGAUAUGAGCUUGCAGAAAAAGAGUUACCAUGGGUUACAUCUGUGACGGCGGAAACCGAUAUUCCAAUGGUGUGGACACAGGAGCAUUACCACAUUGCUCAUUGCGCUUACAUCUUCAAGCUCUUGCACAUUGCUGCAAUGAGUGGACAUCUUGUUACCAAUGAAGGGAUAGGAAUGUUUCAUACGGACCACUGCGUUGGUGUAUUUUUGGAUCCCGAGAGAGUAGAGUUUGAGAAAGUCACCACAAGAGUACAAUUGCUUUUUGGGAAGUGUGUUAGAAUUAGAGAUGUCAAUUAAUAUGUAACGUAAGGAAAUAUCAUGGUGGAUUUUGGUUGGCCAAGCCAAAAUUUCAAUUUUAGAAUGAGAUAUGUCUUUUCUAUGUGGAUAGUAUGUAAUAUCAUCCAAUGUUGCUUUUCUCAAAAGCGAGGCAAUUAUACAACGUAGGACUUGAGAUAUCUGUCCAUAAUGUCA